AAGGCAACAGAAAACCAGUUAAUAUCUACCUGAGGAGUUUCACUGCAUGAAAUGAAGAGGAUGACGCUUUGCGUUAAGAAUCGCCUGUGUGUCUGCACCUCUCCUUUGCUCGCCUGUGAGGUUGUCAUAGUAAAAAAGCAAGUGGCCGUUAAUGGGUCGCUUGGACGCACAGGUUAAAAGCCGAUAGCGCUAGCGGGCAGGCUAGACAGUUGCUCUCGUUAUGCCCGCGCCCUGUGUGUGUGUGUUCAGUACUCAGCACGCCUCACACCAUACAGCUGCAUCAGGUUUUAAACGCAGUGGAUAAAACCCAAGAGCUGUUUGAAGAGGUAUCGUGUUCGUCGACGUCUUUGUCACCCGGCUCCUCACUUCAUACCAUGACCGAGAAAGCCAUCUGUACCAGCUGUGGCACUGAGAUCAUCGACAAAUAUCUGUUGAAGGUGAACGACAUGUGUUGGCACGUGAGAUGCCUGUCUUGCAGUGUGUGCCAAACAUCUUUGGGCAGACACAUCAGCUGUUACAUAAAAGAGAAGGAGAUAUUCUGUAAAUUGGACUACUUCAGGAAGUAUGGAACGCGUUGUGCUCACUGUGGUAGGAACAUCCAUUCAAACGAUUGGGUCCGUAGAGCAAAAGGAAACACUUACCACCUGGCUUGUUUUGCUUGCUUCUCUUGCAAGAGACAGUUGUCCACAGGAGAAGAGUUUGCCUUGGUAGAUGAGAGGGUUCUGUGUCGUGUGCACUAUGACUGCAUGUUGGACAACCUAAAACGUGUCAUGGAGAAUGGAAAAGGAGUGAAUGCGGAGGGAGCUGUUACCUCAGAUCAGGAAGUAAAUCAGCCUAAACCAGCCAAGAGGGCGCGGACAAGUUUUACAGCUGACCAGCUACAGGUAAUGCAAGCCCAGUUUGCUCAGGACAACAAUCCAGAUGCCCAGACUUUACAAAAGUUGGCAGAAAGAACUGGUCUAAGCCGGAGGGUUAUUCAGGUUUGGUUUCAGAACUGUCGAGCUCGUCAUAAGAAGCAUGUUAGCCCAAACCACUCUUCAGCCACACCAGUGUCAUCUCUGCAGUCCACUCGGCUUUCUCCUCCUCUAAUAGAUGAAUAUCAGUACACUGCUUUUGCCCCUGUAGACACCCCUAUGCUGAGUGCGCUACACUCCUAUAUGGAUGUCCACUCUCCCUCUUCACUGGUUCUGCAGCCCCUCCUGCCCCACUCAAUGACACAGCUGCCCAUCAGCCAUGCCUAAGAUGUCCACUGCUGCUGCCACAUGGUCAGGUCAGAGUCCAGAGGACAGCAUGAGGAAAUAUUGAUUCGUAUACGGACUAUUGAACAAGACCCAUGCUACUUUCUUUCAUGGGCACUUACUGAAGGAUAUCGGUCUUGCAAUGUUUAAAGUCUUAAUUGUGAAAAUCCUGAAGUUUUUGUUAAUAUAUAAAUAUCUAUAUAGUGAUGGAAUUAAUUUAAUUUAUUUCUUGUAUGUGAUUGAGCACUUCGUUUUAAAAUGACUACCUUGGAGUUAUUAGUUUCUGGUUUAGUUGACAAUAAAAAAAAUUUUUUUUUUUUUUUUUUUUUUUUGAUUGCUCUAAUUGGAAGGUGAAAAAAAAACAAUAAAAUUGGAUUUGUCUCUAGCAUUGAUAAAAUGAAAGCUUUUGUUUUAUUUAAUACUGAUUCUGAGAACUUUUAGUUGAAUCAUCCGAGGUUUGAGUUAUUUUGUGAUUUUGAGAGAUGGCUUGAAAAACUUAUAAACUUAACAUUUACUGUGCUUCUCGGAACCUCAUAGGAAACCAUUCUAAUUGAGCAAUAAACUAAACUGGUUAUUAAAUGCUGUUUUAAAUUCGAUUACAAACAUUGUGAAUCAUAAAAAAAAGUAAAGUUCAAACACAAAUGUUCACGAUGCAUCCAUAAUUGUACAUUUGUAAAAUGUUAAAUUAGAUUUCUUUGUGGCAUACAAAGUGUUGUUUUGUAUAAGUCUUUCACUUUGACGCUGUUCAUUUUUAUAUUUUGGUCUGAUAUCAUGCUUAAUCUUUGUACACCUCAGAGACAGUGAAAUAAAAAGCAGUUUGCUAGGAUAUCA